UGGUGGGGAGUGCGGAUGCUUCUUUCCUGACUUCCAAGUGUGGGGUUUUUAGGGACUUCUGGGAACCUUCCUGAGUGUUGGGCCUGGGUGAAGACCCCUCCAGGCCCCGUGGGGGCUCUGGAGCUGGCAGGUGUGCAAGUGAGGCGUGGCCGCAGGCCCUGGGCCCCCACGGAGGUCGGUGGGCUCAGCCCUUGGAGGGUUGACCCGGCUGGUAGCCCUAUGUCCCCGUCCCUGGCUGAGACUCCUGUUCCUCACUCCCCAGGGCUCUGACCCCAGCCUCGUCCUCACCCCAUCACUGUUCCCCUUUUUGGAUUCCUGUCUGUGACUUCUGCUCUGCAGCUCAGCUCCUGGGGCCACCCAAGGGUCUCCUCCCGGCCCUCUGAAGGGGGCUCUGCUUCCCUGGGCACGGCAGCCAGGGCAGCGGGCAGCGCUCCGAAGCCACGGCCCUGGACCUCAAGUGACUUCUCUCUCGGCGCCGCGGGUGGCUGCUGCCCGGGGUGGGGGGUAGCAGCUGCCGGAGUGGUCGAGCUCGCCUGGGGUGGGGGCAAGGGUUGAGUGAGCUGUGUGGUUCUGGAGAGCGGCCAGGACGGCGGCUUCCGGGUUCGGUUCUGCUGGGCGAGGACACGGGGUUUCAGGAAGGGAGGGAGGCGGCCCGCCGUCCCGUUGGCAGAGAGUCCGUGGCUGGCGCGAGCUCCCAGCACCGUCUUGGAAACGGCUAUCAGCGGUCAUUGUGUCUCAUUGUGUCGUUGAGGGAGAGGUCGUGAUACUAGACGGCGGGUGGGGGAAGGGGCUACCACGCGUGCGCGUGUGCCCAGACUCGGUUUCCGGUGGGGAAGCGGCAAGGUGGAAGCACGCGUGGGGCGUGUUCCCACGUCUCUGUGCGCCUGUUGGGCUCCCAGACGGUCUUCCUGGGGGAGGCCCUUGCCUCGACUAGGUCCCCUGCUGGGAUCGUGUGUGUGCACACGUGGGCUGUGUAUCCGUGUGCAUGUGUGUGCACGCAUGUGGGCUGUGUGUGCACGCACGGGGAGGCGGGCACAGGGGCUUGGUGGUCACGUGGUGUUGGGGUAUCAGGGCAUCUGUUCUUGCCCUCUCAGCCCAGUGAUGUGGCUGGAGGUGUCACUCAGGGGGUGUCUGUUGCCACCCGGGCUCAGGAAGUGGUGGUGAGACACGUCUGUGCCUCUGAUGUGAGAUCUGUUCCCAUGACCAUUAUGAGGAAACUUGCCACAUAGAUCCCUGAGUGUGUUCUAGAAAGUUCCCUAGACAUUCUCAGUGUGAUGCUGCUAUGCUGGGAUGGGUAUCUGAGCUGUGGACACCAUUGGCCGUGGUAGCUGCUUGUGGGGGGGUGGCUGCCGUGAGUUUGGCACGAGGGGCGCCCGUGAGGGUCUGCCUCUCGUGGCCGCUCCCCGAGGGGCUGCGCGGUUACAGGGCCCGCAGGGCAGUUCUGUGAAGACUGGAGCGUCCACCACGGCUGGUGUCCAUUGUGGCCUUGGGUGCGUCAGUGUUCAGAUCAGCGUGUGUCCUGUUCCUGGGGACGUGGAGGCUGCGGGGCCAGCACAUGAUUUGAGGAGAUGGAAACUCGAGAGAAAACAGCCCGUUUAUUAACCAUGUGGAUGUGGAACCAGAGAACUGCUUUGAAGGGAAGAACAUGGCACUUUUUGAGGAGGAAAUGGACAGCAAUCCCAUGGUGUCCUCGUUGCUCAACAAGCUGGCCAACUACACCAACCUGAGCCAGGGCGUGGUGGAGCACGAGGAGGACGAGGACAGCAAGAGGCGAGAGGUCAAGAGCCCGCGCAUGGGCACCUUCAUCGGCGUCUACCUGCCCUGCCUCCAGAACAUCCUCGGCGUGAUCCUCUUUCUGCGCCUGACGUGGAUCGUGGGGGCGGCUGGCGUCCUAGAGUCCUUCCUCAUCGUGUCCAUGUGCUGUACCUGCACGAUGCUGACUGCCAUCUCCAUGAGUGCCAUCGCCACCAACGGUGUGGUCCCAGCUGGCGGCUCCUACUACAUGAUCUCGAGGUCCCUGGGGCCUGAGUUUGGAGGGGCUGUGGGCCUCUGCUUCUAUCUGGGCACGACCUUCGCCGGGGCCAUGUAUAUCCUGGGGACCAUUGAGAUUUUUUUGACCUACAUCUCCCCCAGUGCGGCCAUCAUCCAGGCGGAGACGGUGGGCGACGAGGCCGUGGCCAUGCUGCAUAACAUGCGCGUGUACGGGACGUGCACACUGGUGCUGAUGGCCAUGGUGGUCUUCGUGGGCGUCAAGUACGUCAACAAGCUGGCCCUGGUGUUCCUGGCCUGCGUGGUGCUGUCCAUCCUUGCCAUCUAUGCCGGCGUCAUCAAGACCGCCUUCGACCCGCCGGACAUCCCGGUCUGUCUGCUGGGGAACCGCACCUUGUCGAGACGCGGCUUUGACGUCUGCGCCAAGGUCCACACUGUCAACAACAGUACGAUGCCCACGGCGCUCUGGGGCCUCUUCUGCAACAGCUCCAUGCCCAACGCCACCUGUGACGAGUACUUUGCCCAGAACAAUGUCACGGAGAUCCAGGGCAUCCCUGGCGUGGCCAGCGGCGUCCUCCUGGAUAACCUGUGGAGCUCGUAUGCAGACAAGGGGGCGUUUGUGGAGAGGAAGGGCACACCGUCGGUGCCUGUGCCCGAGGAGAACAGAGCCAGCGGCCUGCCCUACGUCCUCACUGACAUCAUGACCUACUUCACCAUGCUGGUCGGGAUCUACUUCCCCUCUGUGACCGGUAUCAUGGCGGGCUCGAACAGGUCUGGGGACCUCAGGGAUGCCCAGAAGUCCAUCCCCACUGGGACCAUUUUGGCCAUCGUGACGACGUCUUUCAUCUACCUGUCCUGCAUCGUGCUCUUUGGGGCCUGCAUUGAAGGAGUGAUCUUACGAGAUAAGUUUGGGGAGGCCCUGCAGGGGAAGCUGGUCAUCGGCAUGCUGGCCUGGCCGUCCCCCUGGGUCAUCGUCAUCGGCUCCUUCUUCUCCACUUGCGGUGCUGGUCUGCAGAGCCUCACGGGCGCACCACGCCUGCUGCAGGCCAUUGCCCGCGACGGCAUCGUCCCCUUUCUGCAGGUGUUCGGUCACGGGAAGGCCAACGGGGAGCCCACGUGGGCCCUGCUGCUCACAGCCCUCAUCUGUGAGACCGGCAUCCUGAUCGCCUCCCUGGACAGUGUGGCCCCCAUCCUCUCCAUGUUUUUCCUCAUGUGCUACAUGUUCGUGAACCUGGCCUGUGCCGUGCAGACCUUGCUGCGUACCCCCAACUGGCGCCCGCGAUUCAAGUACUACCACUGGGCGCUGUCCUUCCUGGGCAUGAGCCUGUGUCUCGCCCUGAUGUUCAUCUGCUCCUGGUACUACGCCCUGUUUGCGAUGCUCAUCGCCGGCUGCAUCUACAAGUACAUCGAGUACCGCGGGGCCGAGAAGGAGUGGGGUGACGGCAUCAGGGGUCUGUCGCUAAACGCUGCCCGGUUCGCCCUGCUGCGUGUGGAGCACGGCCCCCCCCACACCAAGAACUGGAGGCCGCAGGUGCUGGUGAUGCUGAGCCUGGAUGAGGAGCAGUGUGUAAAGCACCCCCGACUGCUGUCCCUCACCACCCAGCUCAAGGCCGGCAAGGGCCUGACCAUCGUGGGCUCCGUGCUGGAGGGCACCUACCUGGACAAGCACUCGGAGGCCCAGCGGGCCGAGGAGAACAUCCGGGCUCUGAUGAGCGCGGAGAAGACCAAGGGUUUCUGCCAGCUGGUGGUGUCCUCCAACCUGCGCGAUGGCAUGUCCCACCUGAUCCAGUCGGCUGGCCUGGGGGGCAUGAAGCACAACACGGUGCUCAUGGCCUGGCCCGAGUCCUGGAAGAGGGAGGACAACACCUUCUCCUGGAAGAACUUCGUCGAGACCGUCAGAGACGCCACGGCGGCGCAGCAGGCCCUGCUGGUGGCCAAGAACGUGGACCUGUUUCCACAAAACCAGGAGCGCUUCAGCGACGGGGAUAUCGACGUGUGGUGGGUCGUGCACGACGGGGGCCUGCUCAUGCUGCUGCCUUUCCUGCUACGGCAGCACAAGGUGUGGAGAAAGUGCCGGAUGCGCAUCUUCACGGUGGCCCAGGUGGACGACAACAGCAUCCAGAUGAAGAAGGACCUUCAGGUGUUCCUGUAUCACCUCCGGAUCAGCGCCCAGGUGGAGGUGGUGGAGAUGGUCGAAAACGACAUCUCGGCGUUCACGUACGAGAGGACGUUGAUGAUGGAGCAGAGAUCCCAGAUGCUGAAGCAGAUGCAGCUCUCCAAGACCGAGCGGGCGAGAGAGGCCCAGCUCAUCCACGACAGGAAUACCGCGUCCCAUUCAGUGGUGGCCACCAGGACCCAAGCCCCACCCACACCGGACAAAGUGCAGAUGACCUGGACCAAGGAGAAGCUGGCCGCCGAGAAGUUUAAGAACAAGGAGCCAGGCGCGUCCGGGUUCAAAGACCUCUUCAGCCUGAAGCCAGAAUGGGGAAGUCUGAACCAGUCCAACGUCCGGCGGAUGCACACGGCCGUGAAGCUUAAUGGUGUCGUCCUCAGCAGGUCCCGGGGGGCUCAGCUGGUCCUGCUGAACAUGCCAGGACCCCCCAAAAACCGGCAGGGGGACGAGAACUACAUGGAGUUCCUGGAGGUCCUGACCGAAGGACUCAACAGGGUCCUCCUGGUCAGGGGCGGCGGCCGGGAGGUGGUCACUAUCUACUCCUGACACACCGGGCGGGCUGGGAAGUGUGCCCCGUGUGGCUUCAUAUACAAGUUUCCAGAAUGGCCCCACAGCACUCCUCUCCGGGCCAGGAGCCAGCACGCAGCUGCCGAGGUUUCCUCGUUUGGAGGGGAGACGUCGAUGCUCGAGGGGACCUGGGACACAGCCCUCCGUCUCCUGACCUCCUGACCUCCUG